GACAAUUUUGGCUUUAAUCUCUGUGCUUCAAUUCCCCAGAUGUAAAAAGGGUUAAUAACACCAUCAAAUCUCUUGAGUGUAGUGGCAAUAAUCAUUAAUAUUUGAUGCACUGAACUGCUUAUUAAGUAUCCGUACUGUGGUGAGAGAACCGUAAAAAUGCCCGGGAGGAAAUUAAUCUUUAUAUUCAGGGCAGGGUUUGAACCAGUGUGUGUUAUAUAAGGCCUGGGGUCAUACAUUGAAUGUGGAAGAUAAAAAGUUAUCUAUUUAGUUAUCUAUCUGAAUAACUACCUAUUCUUGAAUGCGGCUGGUUCCUGUGGAAAAAAUAGUGUGAGAUCCUGUAAUUGAACUCUGUUUCAUAAUACAUACACACAAGGGGGCUGAAUUAGGGUUGCAUGGCCAACCUUAAUUCUAGCAUUUCCUAAAUUUUGAGCGCUUGACUUCGAAGCCUUAAUGUUCUUUUAAUGUAGUUUUUGGAUGUAAUUACCUGUAUGUUUGUUUAUAGACACCUUUCUGUGUUGCUGUGUGAUCCAUUAUACUGAUUCCCCUUGCUGUCUAAUUGAGCAGGUGUUCUGGCGCUCUGGGCCCUAAUCACGCAUGUGAUGUAUGUGCAGGAUUACUGGAGGACCUGGUUAAAAGGGCUGAGGUUCUUCCUCUUCAUCGGGAUCCUCUUCUCUGCUCUCUCCGUGGUGGGAUUUUGCACAUUCCUUGUUCUGGCCAUCACCAAGCACCAGUCCCUGACUGACCCCAGCAGCUACUACCUGUCGUGUGUCUGGAGUUUCAUCUCCCUGAAAUGGGCCUUCCUGCUCAGCUUAUACUCACACCGGUACAGGAACGAGUUUGCAGACAUCAGCAUCCUCAGUGACUUCUGAAGCUUGGACUUAAUUCUGUCGGAAGCUGCUGAUGUUUGACUGGGCUUUCGGAUGCCCUGCGCUGGAAGGAGGCUGCGAAGAGGCAGAGAGCAGGAGCCAGCCCAGCUCCGCAGGACUCGUCUGUCUGCAGUAGGGGUUUUCCCUAAUUGCUUUUAUUCAACCGCUUAAUUUGGCUAAUUAUGUCAAUCUAGUGUUUUUGUUACCCUCCGGGGAGUCCAUGUGUCUGGCAAUGAGUCAAGAAGUUCCAUGCACUCACAUGCAGCAAGCCUCAGUUUGCUAUCUGCAUUGCUCUGCUGUGAUCGUAGACCAGUGACUUUCAAACAGGAAAAUGGCAAAUUAGCCUGUGGAUGCAGCACCUGGUUAAGAAUUGGGCAUCUUUCGCUUAGCCAAUGACUCACCAGCCUGCUCGUGGGGGUGCCCGGGGUUGCUUAGCAGAGGACCAUGCCCUGUGAAGGGAGGUCUUUAUUCUCACAGGGUGAUUUGAGCGGGGGGGGGUGCAUGUUGUUUCCCAGCACCGGGAAGGACAAACCCAUCGAUACCUCCACACCAGCCCCCCAAACCUUCAGCAUUUCAUUGUGCUUCUUCCUGUAAACAGUUGGGCCAAGAAUAAGGCAUGGUGCUGGCUCCACCCUGCUGUUUAGAGCACAUGCAUCCCCUUGUGCAGGCCAGAAACAAGAAGUCAGCAAUGCAGUGUCAGUUGCCUCAAACAGAGGUCACUGAU